CAGUUCCAGAGACUCUUUCCCCAACUCCAGCCCCCACCACCCUGCAGGUGCAGUGGGCUGGCACUUGGCUGUGAAACUGGAGAGAGCUGGUUUGAGUUUGCACUUUAGUUCCUGUCAGGAAGGGAGCUCUGAGAUCUGAGUUAAUCCCAGCGCUAAGGAUGUCUCAGUUGCUCUGGCCUUUUGUGAGAUUCCUGCUUCUGAUUGAAGUGGCAGCCUCCGUGAACUUUUUCCACCACCGCUAUGAGCAGUUGGUGGAGGCCCUGUUCAAUGUGCACAACGAGUGUCCCGAUAUCACCAGGAUUUACACUAUUGGCCGCAGUGUCCAGGGGAGACAUCUCUACGUCGUGGAAUUCAGUGACAACCCUGGAAUCCAUGAACCCUUGGAGCCAGAGUUCAAGUAUGUUGGGAACAUGCAUGGGAACGAGGUUCUGGGCAGGGAGCUGCUGCUCCAGCUCUCUGAGUUCCUGUGUGAGGAGUAUCGCCGGCGGAACGAACGGAUCACACGGCUCAUCUGGGACACACGCAUCCACAUCCUGCCCUCCAUGAACCCAGACGGAUAUGAAGUGGCUGCCAACCAGGACCCGGAUGCCAUUGGGUACCUGACGGGCAGGAACAAUGCCAACGGAGUUGACUUAAACCGUAACUUCCCCGAUCUCAACACUUUCAUGUACUACAAUGAAAAAAAUGGUGGCCCCAAUCACCACAUCCCUCUUCCAGCCAACUGGAAAAGCCAGGUGGAGCCAGAAACACUGGCUGUGAUUCACUGGAUGAGCCGCUACAACUUUGUCCUCUCAGCCAAUCUCCAUGGUGGAGCUCUCGUGGCGAAUUACCCCUACGACAAAGCCCAGGAGCAGCGGAGCCGGGGCUAUCAGCGGAAAAGCAACACCCCAUCCCCCACGCCUGAUGACAAGCUGUUCCGGAAGCUGGCCAAAGCCUAUUCCUACGCCCAUCACUCGAUGCACCAGAGCCCAACCUGCGGAGACCAGUUUGCAGACGGCAUCACCAAUGGGGCCUCCUGGUAUUCUCUCAGCAAGGGCAUGCAGGACUUUAAUUAUCUUUACACCAACUGCUUUGAGAUCACUCUGGAGCUGAGCUGCGAUAAAUUUCCACCUCAAAAGGACCUGGAGAAGGAGUGGCUGGCCAAUCGUGAGGCGCUCAUCACCUACUUAGAGGAGGUUCAUCAGGGUAUCAAAGGACUGGUGUCCGAUGAGAACAACAAUGGGAUUGCAGGUGCUGUGAUUUCUGUCCAUGGGAUCGGCCACUAUGUCACUUCUGGUGAUCAGGGGGAUUAUUUCCGGUUGCUGCUGCCUGGCACUUACACCAUCACUGCCUCAGCGGAUGGGUAUCGACCACAAACGGUGACCAUAACAGUUGGCCCAGCCGGGCCUUCGCUGGUCCAUUUCCAGCUCAAACAAGACACACUAAAAGGGCCCACGGAGAAAAAGGCCCCAGCCACCAGCCUGAGCAGCAAAGCCCUUCAGAAGAAGGUAGUGCCGAGAGCAGCCCAUAAGAAGACACAGAGAUGAAGAUGGCCCAAUCAGCCAAGAACUGGAGGAGUCCUAUGAAGUAGCUGAGAUCAAGAACUCCAACAAGUGAAUGUCCUAACAUGCAGCAUAACAAGCCCAAAUUGCCUAGUUUAUUAAAUGCAGAAAUAUUUAACUCCUGAGCAAAUAGUGAACUCAUUC